GUGAAAAAAGGUGUGAAGAGGAAGGCUGAUGCUACAACUCCUGCUACCUCAAUAGACGCAGCAAGCGGUGAAUCAUCUGCAACGUUUAAUGAAAGCGAAACUGUUCAAGCACACAGAGGUGAAAAUGAAUAUAUAGUAUCAAACAAGCAUCUGAAGAGAUCUUUGCUAGAUUCUCCAUGGUCGUCACCUGGACCUACUAAAAAGAUUCUGUUGUCAGAAGAACUAAAACAUUGUAAUGCGAUACUUGAAGAAAUGUUUUCAAAGAAGCAUGCAGCAUAUGCAUGGCCUUUCUUAAAACCUGUAGAUGCGGCAACUUUCCCCACUGGUGAGAACCAAGGCAUUGCCAAAUGUCCUACAAACCUAAGAACCAUUAAAGAGAAAAUGGAUAACCUGGAAUAUAACAAUAAACAAGAAUUUGCUACAGAUGUGAGAUCAAUGUUCAUGAACUGCUACAAACAUAAUUCUCCUGACCAUGAAAUAGUCACUAUGGCAAGAAAACUUCAGGAUGUAUUCGAAAUGCACUUUGCCAAAAUUCCUGAUGAACCUCUUGCAAGUGCUCAUCUGCCACAGCCUUUGAGAGAAGUGUCAGGAGUUUAUUCCAGUGAAAGUACUGAUGACGACUCUUCAGAAGAAAAUUCCUCUGAAGACUCUGAAGCGGAGAUAAGACUGCACCUUGCAAAGCUUCAUGAGCAGCUUAAAGCUUUUGGACAGGAGUUUUGGCUUUUGACCAAAGCAUGCUUACCUAAAUGGGAAAAGAAAAAAGGCAAGGCUAAGAGCAAGCAAAGGAAGAACAAGGAAAAGGCUAAAAUAAAGAGCUUGAUUCAAAAGAAGAAUCUGCAACACAAGAAGGAAUCUCAGAAAAAGCUGUCUUUAAACAUUCAAUCAAAGAAAACCAUGCAGCAGGUGUUGUUGGCACAGAAGCCAGAAAAUGACGGUGCCAAGCCUAUGAAUUAUGAUGAAAAACAACAGUUGGCUUUAGAUAUAAGUAAACUCCCUGGAGAAAAGCUUGUGAAAGUAGUCCUUAUAAUACAGUCAGGAGAACCUGCACUGAGGAACUCUAACUUUGAUGAAUUAGAAGUAGACAUUGCAACUUUAAAUGCUCCAACACUCAGAAAACUAGAGAAAUAUGUGGCCUCCUGUUUGAGGAAGAGACCAAGUCAGAUGAGAGCUGAAAAUGCAACAAAGUCAAAAGAACAAGUGAAUUCUAAGAGGAAGCAAGUACUUGAGAAGAAACAGCUGGCUGUCAAUGGUGAACUAAACCCAAAGAAGAACUUUGAGUCUGAAAACAAGGCUGAGUCCAGUACUGGACCAAGCAGACUGAGUGACAACAGCUGCUCCUCAGAUUCUGGCAGCAGUACUAGCUCCUCAGAUAGCAGUGACUCUGAAUCAG